AUGACAGAUGGGUUUGAGGUUAAGGUUGGCUUGUACCAAGGCUCGGCCCUCAGCCCAAUACUGUUCAAUGUGGUUAUGGGUGUGAUGACAGAGGAAGUGCGUGAAGAGCCACCAUGGUGCAUACUGCAUGCCGAUGACAUCGUGUUGGUGGUGGAGACGAAGCAGGAGCUACAGAGGAAGAUGGAAAGAUGGAGAACUGCAUUAGAGAGUAGAGGGCUGAAGAUAAGCAGGAAAAAGACCGAGUAUUUCACAAUGGACACAGAAGGAGAUCAACAGUCAAUGAUACAAAUAGAUGGAUUGAACCUGAAGAGAGUGGACCACUUUAAGUAUUUGGGAGCGAUGGUUAAGGAAGAUGGUAGCAUAGGAAGAGAGAUUAAACACCGAAUUCAAUGUGGUUGGAAUAAUUGGAGAAAGGUUUCGGGAGUGAUCUGCGACAAGAGAGUGCUUGUAAAGUUGAAGGGAAAGGUACAUAAGUCUGUGGUCAGACCAGCUAUGACCUAUGGUUUAGAAACUGCACCACUGAGAAAGGUCGAGGAAAGAAAAUUGGAUGUUGCUGAAAUGAAAAUGCUCAGAUGGAUGGUGGGGGUAACAAAGAUAGACUGCAUACGGAAUAACUAUAUAAGAGGAUCACUCAAGGUAACAGAAAUAUCAAAGAAUGUUCAGGAAUCAAGACUGCGAUGUUUGACAUUUAUGAAAAUGUUCGUCUUCUAUGUGAAGCUCGAGGACGAUCUCUUUUUAAAAAGGAGAGGGCAGUGCUAUGGGUACCUCGUAAGGGAAAUGAUGGUGAAAAAACGGUGCAAAAACAGAAGCUGUAGAAAUGUGGUUAGGAUGUUGUGCACCCCUUACAUUGACCGUGUGUCCUCAGAAAAGAUGAUCCGAGCCGACAACUCAAAUUCCUUGGCUGCAGUCCGUUUCCCUGAGUGUUGGGUGUUGAAGUAG